ACAAGUAUAAAAGAAGGAUUACUACUGAAGCAAACUAGUUCUUUUCAGAGGUGGAAAAAACGUUAUUUCAAACUUCGAGGUCGUACCCUUUACUAUGCCAAGGAUUCAAAGUCUCUAAUAUUUGAUGAAGUUGACCUGUCAGAUGCCAGCGUAGCUGAAUCGAGCACAAAAAAUGUCAACAACAGCUUCACGAUAAUCACUCCAUUUAGGAGGCUAAUAUUGUGUGCUGAGAACAGAAAAGAAAUGGAGGACUGGAUAAGCUCUCUGAAGUCUGUUCAGUCCAGAGAACACUAUGAGACCGCACAGUUUAAUGUGGAACAUUUCUCAGGGAUGCAUAACUGGUACGCCUGCUCCCAUGCCCGACCUACCUUCUGUAACGUGUGUAGAGAGAGCCUCUCUGGAGUCACUUCUCACGGCCUGUCUUGUGAAGUGUGUAAAUUUAAAGCACAUAAAAGAUGUGCUGUCCGAGCAACAAAUAACUGCAAAUGGACUACAUUAGCCUCAAUUGGAAAAGACAUCAUUGAAGAUGAAGAUGGUGUAACUAUGCCUCACCAGUGGUUAGAGGGUAAUCUGCCCGUCAGUGCCAAAUGUGCAGUCUGCGACAAGACUUGUGGCAGUGUUUUACGCCUGCAAGAUUGGAAGUGCCUUUGGUGUAAAGCUAUGGUUCACACUGCCUGUAAAGAUCUGUAUCCUCGUAAAUGUCCACUUGGCCAAUGUAAGGUAUCGAUCAUACCUCCAACAGCACUAAACAGUAUAGACUCUGAUGGUUUCUGGAAAGCCACAUGCCCGCCAUCCUGUGCCAGUCCUCUUUUAGUUUUUGUUAACUCAAAGAGUGGAGACAAUCAGGGAGUAAAGUUUCUUCGUCGAUUCAAACAGUCGUUAAAUCCAGCUCAGGUGUUCGAUUUAAUGAAUGGAGGACCUCACUUAGGUUUGCGGUUAUUUCAGAAGUUUGACAACUUCAGGAUUCUUGUGUGUGGUGGCGAUGGAAGCGUGGGUUGGGUCUUGUCAGAGAUUGAUAAACUCAGCUUGCACAAACAGUGUCAGUUAGGAGUGUUACCCCUUGGUACUGGAAAUGACCUUGCUCGUGUCCUCGGUUGGGGAGGAUCCUGUGAUGAUGAUACGCAACUUCCACAGAUUUUGGAGAAACUAGAACGAGCCAGCACGAAGAUGUUAGACAGGUGGAGUAUAAUGUCAUAUGAACUGAAAUUACCAGCAAAGCCUUCUAUCCUUCCAGUGACUGCAGAUGAGUCAGAGGAAUGCCAG